AUGGAAGCGAAGAUUGGGCGAUUUUUCGAGUCAGUUGGCAGUUUAUUCACAGGCGGUGAUCAGAUCCCUUGGUGUAAUUCCGACAUAGUUUCUGGUUGUGAACGCGAAGUUGCUGAAGCUGAGAAAGGUUCCUCUGAUGAACUUAAAAGUGAAUGCAUCACGCGUUUGUCUUGGGCCCUUGUUCACUCAAAACGACCAGAAGAUGUACAGCGUGGGAUAGCGAUGCUUGAAGCUUUGUUGGCUGGCUACAAUAGCCCAAUGCAACUUAGGGAAAGGCUUUAUCUUCUGGCUGUUGGAUACUAUAGAAGUGGCGAAUAUUCAAGAAGCAGACAGCUUGUUGAGGAUUGUUUGGAGAUUGUGCCUGACUGGAGACAGGCAUUUACCCUCAAGAAAACAAUUGAGAAUAAAAUCACCAAAGAUGGAGUUAUUGGAAUUGGCAUUGCUACUAUUGCUGUUGGACUCUUGGCUGGUGGAAUUGCAGCAGCAUUGUCAUUGCGGAAGAAAUGA